UAUAGUUUGUGAGAGAAACUGGAGCAGCGGGCUUCCCGGACGGGCUCGAGGCAGCACCAGCCGCGCGAGUCAGACACAGUCAGAGUUGCUUCCCAGGCAGAGGAGGUGAUGAUGGCGGCGGCUGUGGAGCGAGGAGGGGUUCGGGCCGCCUUCCUGAACCCAAGUAGUGGUGGCGCCGGACCAGCACCGAUGACCGUCCCGGCUGGAGGGCUCACCGGGACGUUGGUCCAGGGUUCGGGGGGAUCUCUACCCAUGCCUGUUCCUAUGAACCUCUUUGCGACUUGGGAAAUAGACCGCUCGUCUCCAAGCUGUGUACCAAGGCUCUGCAGUCUGACUCUGAAGAGACUCAUCAUUCUGAGGGAGCUCGAUAAGGACCUCAACUCCGUGGUGAUUGCUGUGAAAAUCCAGGGCUCCAAACGCGUUCUGAGAUCAAACGAAUACAUCCUCCCUCCCAACGGCCUGAUGGAGACUGAACUGGAGCUCUCCUUCUCACUACAGUACCCGCACUUCCUGAAAAGGGAUGCCAAUCGCCUGCAGAUUAUGCUUCAGAGGAGGAAACGCUACAAGAACCGCACCAUGCUGGGGUACAAGACGCUGGCACUGGGACUGGUCAACAUGGCAGAGGUGAUGCAACACCCUACAGAUGGAGGCCAGAUCCUGGGUCUCCAUAGCAACGUGAAAGAGGCUCCGGCGCGUGUGGCUGAGAUUAGCGUGUUCUCCCUGUCCAGCCAGCCCAUCGACCACGAGGACGGCAGCACCCCGGCCGGACGCAAGACCAAGACCUCAGAUCGUUCUCCAGACAUGGAUAACUACUCGGAGGAUGAGGAUGACAGCUACUCAUCAGAGCAGGAAGCGAGUGAUGAUGCUGUCCACCAGGAUCUCUACGACGAGGAUGACGAUGUCAGGAAACCAAAGAAGAACAGGAGGAAGAUGAUCCGCUCCACCUCCAUGACCAGGCAACCAAACUUCAAGCAGAAGUUUGUGGCUUUGCUGAAGAGGUUCAAGGUGACAGAUGAGGUGCUGGACUGUGACCGUGUGGGCCAGACCCAGGUGGUGGCGGAGGAUCUGGACCUGCUGUACGACAGCCUGGAGGUGUACAACCAGAGCGACAGUGGGCCUGAGGUGGAGGACAACGACAGUGUCCUCAGCACACCCAAACCCAAACUCAAGCCGUUCUUUGAAGGGAUGUCGCACUCCAGCUCCCAGACGGAGAUGGGGAGCCACAAGAACCAGCUCAGAGACCAGUCCUGUCCUAUUGGAGACUUCCUCUCGGUGGACGGGUGUAAAGCGGCAGGAGCCAGAUCUCAGGACGACAUCACAGACUCUACUGCUGGGGACACAGAGGCCCCGGCCCCUGCUCACAGCCCCGUGGAGGUGCUCAGCGCUUGGGAGGUGAAUGCAGACCGUCUGGCCAGCUCUGUGGGCAAACUCUGCAAGACGGAGUCCCAAAACCACAUGUCUCCCAGCAGAGCGGAGCCUCGUCUCCAGCGCCGUCCUCGCAGCACCUCCAUGAAGGACCGUCAGAACUCCAAGACUCAGAACGACCGCACCUGCAGCGUGGACAGCGACUUCUCCCUGGACACACGCCUCCUAGCCCAGGUUCCCAGGAAGUCUGUGUACGACCAGCUGAACCAGAUCCUCAUCUCAGAUGAGCGUCUUCCAGAGAGCAUCAUCCUCAUAAACACCCUGGAAUGGCAAGGCCAGUACGUGGCGGAGGUUCUCCAUGAGCAGGGUCAGCCCAUCGUGUCCACCUGCUCUGCAGCUGAUGUGCAUGCUGCCUUCAACACCAUCGUAACACGCAUCCAGAGAUUCUGUAACUGUAAUGCCCAGACUCCUCCCACGGUCAAGCUGGCAGUGGCAGGUGACCAGAGCUACCUCAGCACCAUCCUGAGGUUCUUUGUGGAGCAGCUGGCCAAUAAGACGCCAGACUGGCUAAGCUACAUCCGCUUCCUGGUCAUCCCCAUCGGUUCCCACCCCCUGGCCAAGUACAUGGCCUCGUUUGACAGCAGGUUCAACAGCAUCUUCAUGGACUCUGCAUGGAAGGAGCUGUUCUGCCGGGCAGAACGACCCACCUCAGAGAAGCCAGACGUGGCUGCGCGUGUGGCUCAGUACCUGGCAGGAGCGCUGCUGUCCCACCAGUUCCCCAUCUCAGAAGCCAUGCUCACCUACAAGCAGAAGAGGAAGAGGAGUUUGUAUUUUGAUUUUUACAUCAGCCCUGACGAAGACUCCUGUCAGAAGUUUGUGCCAUUCAUUGGGGUUGUGAAGGUGGGGAUUGUGGAGCACAGUCUCCCAACCUCAGUGGACUCUGACGACGCCCUGGGAGGCAACGUGGGGGUCCUGGCCUCCCCGCCCCCCCCGCCAGCGGGCCCCUACGGGAAGGAGGUGGGGGGCACCCCGCCCCAGUCCCCCUCCGUGUCCUCCACCGUCUACGGAGCCGGCUCUCCUUGUGCGGGCGGGGAGGUGAUGGGGCUACAGGUGGACUACUGGGGAUGGCAGGGUCCAGACAGGAAGAGGGAGGGGGAGAAGAGGGAUGCAGGCCUUAAGAACACCCUGAAGAGCAACUUCCGCUCCCUGCAGGUGAGCAGGCUGCCUGUGGGGGGCGACACCUGCCCACCCCCCAGCAUGGCCAUGACCGUGGUCACCAAGGAGAAGAACAAGAAAGUGAUCUUCCUGACUAAGAGGCCCAGAGAGAAGGACGUGGAUUCUAGGAGUCAGGUGAUCGAUGGCAUCAGCAGGCUGAUUUGCACGGCCAAGAACCAGCACACCAUGCUGAGAGUGUCCAUCGACGGGGUGGAGUGGAAUGACGUCAAGUUCUUCCAGCUUGCGGCCCAGUGGCCCACUCACGUCAAGCACUUCCCGGUGGGAAUAUUCGGCUACAGCAAGCCCAUGUGACCGAGGCCAGCGCCCCAGCCUCAUCCCCAGAAGACUACCUGGCCCCAGCCCCCAGGAGGUCGUGAGGAGACCCUUUGGCCCCGGGGUUUCCUGUGGAAGCCUCCCAGCCUCAGAACCUGUUCUCAACACAAACGCUUGACGUCAUCAAAAUUCACUGUUGUUUUUUUUAGGUUGUUUUUUAACACACUACAAUCAGUACUACUUUGUAAAAGUUUAUGCUGCCACCCGAAAAAAAUAUGAUUCUAAGGUUUUGGAAAGAAUUUGCCACAUUUCAAUGAUGGCAGUUGUUUGCACUUUGCUUUCGCAUUUUUUACAUUUUAUUAUUUCUAUGAAAUCCAACGUUUAUUUUGGCUCUAUGGACAAUUGAGGGGGGGAGGGGUGAAGGGUGUAUGUGUGUGUGUGUGUGUGUGUGCUUGCUUGUUUGUAAAGGUGGAAUAUUGCUGUGAAUCUUGUUGGACCUCUAACUCAAUGUUCUGUUUUCUCCCUGAAUUAAUUUUUUACAAAAAAGUUAUAACUUUUUUAUAAUAACUGAAUUUAUUACUCUAAUCUGCCUUUUGUUUUUAAGCACACUGUGUACCCAAAACAAAACCUAAACCCUAGCAACAGUGUGUUCCGGGAAGUAGCUAUUAAGAAUUUAGCUACAGUAUCACACAUUUGGAACAUAUUUACCCAACAUUUUUUAUUAAAGUAAACUAUUGUUCUGUUGUAGAGAGCUGUAUAUACCCUGCAUACAGAACAUCAGUGAAGUUACAUUUGAGGACAGGUGAGAGCAUGUGUAGCUGGGAGGGACUGCAGGAUGAAGACGUGGAACUGUCUUACGGCCAAAACACUCCGUCCAGUUUAACUGUCAUGUCUGAAUGUUCAGGAUGAUGCUCUCUCUGUCCUCACUAACUCAGCCUCUCUCUCCACUCUCUGUAUUUGGGUUGAUACACACCACACUUCCGCUGUCCUAAACGUCUCCUAAUGUUUCAGAUGUCUCCUUGUGCCAAAGUAGAUGUGUUCAGACCACGCUCACUUUCAGUCCUUUCCUUCCUGGUCAUUCUGGUUCUGGACGGUCACAUGACCUGGUCUUCUCACCAGUGCUGGUCUGUUCAAGACACUGUUGUAGUUUCAGGAAGCACAACUGGUCUGACAGGAAACAGACCACUCAGACUCAUUUGGUUUAAGCAAAUGUAACAAACUCUAAACUCAACACGUAGACUAGUCUUCUAUGUGCCUCAUUCAUGUGUUGAAGGGAACAGAACUGUUGGACUGUCACAAGUGUGUUUUAGUGCUUCUUCUACACAUCAGUCCCCAAGGCCAAGACUAAAACAUGCACAAUAUGAACUCAUGUCCGUCUGAACAGCCGUAGUCUGGGGCUGAACCCAGGUAGUUAAACUCAUUAGGGGUGGCUAACGUGAUACUGCACUGCACACGCUGGUGCAGAGCUCCUGCAGAAUGUGUACUCUCAUCGCAGUUCGCAGCCUAAACGUGAAGUCUUUAGACUGUUCAUGCAGGAACGUGAGUAGUUUUGGUGAAGCUUCAGAUGACAGAUGUGUUUGAGCUCAGCCUGGUGCGCAGGUGUUCAGUGUUUGAUGGUACUGUUUGGAUAGUGUUACUAAUGUGAAACUUUUGCAAUAGAAAACUGUUUGACUUUGGGAAGGGACAUAGGUUUCUAUCUCUGUAUCGUAGUAUGUUGUGCUUAAAUGAAGACUAACUAUUAUGCUGGCUUUUAUUUGUACCAAACUGUAUGUUUAUAAAAAUAGCCUGUUGUCAAUCACUAUUCUGCCCCGUGUUCUAAACUAAAAGCACAUCUAAAUUUAUCUUAAUUACUUAUUAUUCAGAAGAUUUUUUU